AUGGACUGCAUUCAAAAAUGUAUUAAGUUAAUUUGGGAUAAAUAUCAUGAUAAAGUUUAUCCAGAAUUCGUGAAUACAAAAUAUUAUCAAUUACUUUUCGAUGAGAAUGAAUUCUUUUUUGGUCAAAUCGAUCCAUCUCCUCCUUAUUUUUAUGGUCAAGAAGACGGUUAUGAUUAUCUCACAAAUAAACAAAAUUCUGCAGAAAUCUCAUUAUUAGACACUCAGACAGAUGUUUCUGAUAAAAAAGAAUCUCAAAUCGAACAACCUAACAUCGAAGUCGUUGAAAAACGAACUGCAAACACAGGUUCGCCCUUAACUGCAUGA